AUGGCAAAACACAUAUCGAAAACACUUAUUUAUGAACUCACCGAUGUAGCGCUUCCCGUCUUCUACAUCAUAGUUCCCGAACCCCCAGAACAAGUGAGUACGUACCCAGACCCUGGGGCCCGCCAAAUAUUCGUCACAUGGAAGAGCACAUCUUACUGUGCCGCAACCAAAUUUACCCUGGCUGUGUACAAUCAGAACGGUCAAAAUGUCAUCCCGAACACUGAAACUACGGUGCAUCAAGCCACACUGACGAACGUCCCGACAUGUAUGCGUCUGCUUGUAGGCGUGCGUGGACAUAAUUCCCUUGGGAUCGGGCGGGAGACCUUGGAGGAAGUUGCAGUUUCCGGAGGUUGGAAAUGUCCCACCUCGUCCACUUCUAAUAGCGCAACCUGUACAUACGACCACCGCCAUGAACUAAGUUUCCUUUAA